AUGCCACACGCUGCGCCCAAAACGGAUGGGCGAAACACAGUUGGAUUGAGAGCAGGCAAGACACCCGUUAAAAUUUGUCUCGAACCGACGCCGCUGCGGAUGGCACCUCUCGUGCCGAAGUGUAUGGUGCAACAUGAGAGGGAACUGCCAUGCAGACCCCACGCAGAAAAGGACAUCACGGCGACUGUAGACGGAGAGUUUGUUGUGCCCCUGCGCUUUCACGACGUACUUCUGGAGCGGCGUCUUGGCAGCAAAUUGAGCAGGCGGAGAUGUGUCACGGUGCGGUUUGUUCCCGUUAUGUGGGACGCGGGGAAUAUACGUCGGCUGAAGUUUGAAAAAUUGACUUCCGCGAACAGUUGCUUCUCUUUUGUCUAA